AGUUUGCAAAGAAGCGCGGGAGGCGGCGGCCGCAGCGAGGCAGCGGCGGGGAAGGCGCGUGGUCUCCCGGCUGGGGCGGGGGCGGGGGGGGCGCCCAAGAGCCGGGUGGGGGCGGCGGCCAGCAUGCGGCCCCGCAGCGCCCUGCCCCGACUGCUGCUGCUGCUGCUGCUGCUGCCGCUGCUGCUGCUGCUGCCCACCGCCGGGCCCGCCCAGUUCCACGGGGAGAAGGGCAUUUCCAUCCCGGACCACGGCUUCUGCCAGCCCAUCUCCAUCCCGCUGUGUACGGACAUCGCCUACAACCAGACCAUCAUGCCCAACCUUCUGGGCCACACGAACCAGGAGGACGCGGGCCUGGAGGUGCACCAGUUCUACCCGUUGGUGAAAGUGCAGUGCUCGCCCGAACUGCGCUUUUUCCUGUGUUCCAUGUACGCGCCUGUGUGCACUGUGCUGGAGCAGGCCAUCCCGCCGUGCCGCUCUAUCUGCGAGCGCGCGCGCCAGGGCUGCGAGGCGCUCAUGAACAAGUUCGGCUUCCAGUGGCCCGAGCGCCUGCGCUGCGAGCACUUCCCCCGCCAUGGCGCGGAGCAGAUCUGCGUGGGCCAAAACCACUCUGAGGACGGCGCCCCGGCACUACUCACUACGGCGCUGCCUCCAGGCCUACAGCCGGGAGCUGGGGGCACCCCGGGAGGCCCAGGCGGCGGCGGCGCGCCCCCUCGCUACGCGACGGUGGAGCACCCGUUCCACUGCCCGCGUGUCCUAAAAGUGCCGUCUUAUCUGAGCUAUAAGUUCCUGGGCGAGCGCGACUGCGCGGCGCCCUGCGAGCCGGCGCGGCCCGACGGCUCCAUGUUCUUCUCGCAUGAGGAGACGCGCUUUGCCCGCCUCUGGAUCCUCACUUGGUCUGUGCUAUGCUGUGCCUCCACUUUCUUCACUGUCACCACGUACCUGGUAGACAUGCAGCGCUUCCGUUACCCCGAGCGGCCCAUCAUCUUCCUGUCGGGCUGCUACACCAUGGUGUCCGUGGCCUACAUAGCGGGGUUCGUGCUGCAGGAGCGCGUGGUGUGCAACGAGCGUUUCUCAGAGGACGGCUACCGCACGGUGGUGCAGGGCACCAAGAAGGAGGGCUGCACUAUUCUCUUCAUGAUGCUCUAUUUCUUUAGCAUGGCCAGCUCCAUCUGGUGGGUCAUCCUGUCGCUCACCUGGUUCCUGGCGGCCGGCAUGAAGUGGGGCCACGAAGCCAUCGAGGCCAACUCGCAGUACUUCCACCUCGCCGCGUGGGCGGUACCCGCCGUCAAGACUAUCACCAUCCUGGCCAUGGGCCAGAUUGACGGCGACCUGCUGAGCGGCGUGUGCUUCGUGGGCCUCAACAGCCUGGAUCCGCUGCGCGGCUUCGUGCUGGCACCACUCUUCGUGUACCUGUUCAUCGGCACGUCCUUCCUCUUGGCCGGCUUCGUGUCGCUCUUCCGCAUCCGCACCAUCAUGAAGCAUGACGGCACCAAGACGGAGAAGCUGGAGCGGCUCAUGGUGCGCAUUGGCGUCUUCUCGGUGCUCUACACGGUGCCCGCCACCAUAGUGAUCGCCUGCUACUUCUACGAGCAGGCCUUCCGUGAGCACUGGGAGCGCUCGUGGGUGAGCCAGCACUGCAAGAGCCUGGCCAUCCCGUGCCCGGCGCACUACACGCCGCGCAUGUCGCCCGACUUCACCGUGUACAUGAUCAAAUACCUCAUGACGCUCAUCGUGGGCAUCACGUCGGGCUUCUGGAUCUGGUCCGGCAAGACGCUGCACUCGUGGCGGAAGUUCUACACCCGCCUCACCAACAGCCGGCACGGCGAGACCACGGUGUGAGGGGGACCCCUGUGCCGCGUCCCCGGCCGUGGCGGGCAAUGCGCCUUCCUCCGCCUGGCGGGCUCCUACAGACUCCUAAUUUUAUUUUUUUAAAAUAAAGAACUAUCGAAACCAUCUCUUUUUUAGGUCGCUUUUUAAAGUGAACCCUGUCC